CAUCGACAAUAUGAAAGACAUUAGCUGUCAAAUCGCACUGUUGGUAUUGGUGUUGACUAUGAUAUCGGUUGUCAUUAUUGAGUCGAAAAAAUUUUGUCAAGAAUUCAUGAAAAACGACAACAAAAUUGAUUUCGCAUUUCGUUAUUAUAUAAACAAUAAUAUCGAUAAACUAACCAAAGAGUAUCGCAAAUACUUAUUCAUUGGUAACACCUACUGGAAGUUGACAUUCAUUGAUGGUAAGGAUAAGACAGUUACCAUUGAUGACGAAAGUACCGGUCAGUCUAACUGGUUGUCCGGCUAUGACUAUUCUAUGGCCUGGUCUCAGGGAUUUGACAGAUCACUCAGUCAAAUAGGUGCUUUGCGGAAAAAUAUGAAAUCAAUUGAUUGGGUGGGACUGAUGGACGGUGGCAUGAAUUUAACUAAUCCACUCUAUUCUAUCGAUUCAGAAAUCAAUUUUGCAAAUAACUUUCAACCUAUAUUUGCAUGGAUACCGAUACCAUUGAACAGAAAAACUGAUUAUUUGCUAACAUUUUGGGAUAACAAAGCUAUGACCCAAACCUAUAACAUUACACACAUUAAUAGGAUGUCGAAUGUAACCGAUGCUAAUGUGGAGGAAUUGGCGAUAAUAACUGGGGAACGGGAGAAACAAGUGAACAAACUGACUAAACUGAUGACAAUUAUGGCACAGUAUAGUCAUUAUGAUUACGAUAGUUAUCCUAAUCAAACUGAUAUGAGAGGACAGGGAUCUCUAGUAUUCAUGUAUGUCGACACUGCCAUCAAAUACUGUUAUGUGGGAAUACCAUUCAAUGAGUUGGCUUGCAAAUCGGAUAACUUGAAGACAUUGAUUGAUUGUUCGCCGACUAAAAGUUAUUUAUUGUUUACUGUUAUAUUGAUUGUCAUCGGUUUUGUACUGUUUAUCAUAAUUAUUGGUUUUGUCUGUUAUUUGUGUUGUAGUUAUUAUAGACAAGGACGGAGAGAUUCAGAAGUAUCAAUAAGCAGAUCAUCAAACAAAUCAUCAAAAAAGUCGUCAAUGUUAGGCACCGGUAGUGACAAAAAGUUGGCUACGAGUCCAUCAAAAGCCGACAAAUCAAUGGUUUUAUCAAAACCCCAGUCAAUAGAGCCGACAUCUAAACAAAAAUGA